UUUUAUUUUCCAAAUUUGUUGUAAAUACUUUUUUUUAAACGUCAAUGAUUUUAAAAUUUACUGAUUUAAAGUAAAGUUGAUUAUUAAGUUUAUGAAUUUUAGGUUAUUAACCCAUUAGUGGAUCAAGUACUCAACAUAAUGUAGGCAUAUCAUGUCAAAGUAUUCUAACAUAUUAUGCAAGAAAAUAUGGCCACUAGUUAUCGACAGGCCAUAUCUUAUGGCGUAUUUUCUACGAGGGUAUGCACUACCUGAACCCCAUCAUUAUGUAUUUUAUUUUUAGAACAUGUUUUAGGUAUUUCAAUAAGUUCAGUCAAAAAGACAUGAAAUCUCUAAAAAAAAAUCUAAACCAAAGUAAAAUAGUUAGGCGCGUUUGAUGUUUUGCGUAUCAUCAUGCAGUCAAUAAUUUUGUUUACAGUGAAAUUACAGAUUAAAAAACAACUGAGAUCAAUUAUAAAAAGUCAAGUUUACAAUCUAUUUAUAAUACGGAAAACAAAAACCAUUAUGUUUAAUUGAGGUCUGAGUCGAAUGAUUGGUAAUUUAAACUUAAGUAAUAUAUUGAUCAAUUACAAAUAACUCAAAAGAUAUUUGCUACGUAUCUUACCAUGCCCCUCACAUUUUGUUCAUGAUACAUACUUGUUCACGGAGUGGUCUUAUUGUAAGUGUACCUUUCUGCAUAUUUUAUUUGUGUACAUAAACAUAUAAAAUUUUUAUUGCAAUAAAAGGAAAUAUUUUAAUUGUAAAAGUAUGUAUUAUGAACAAAAUGUGAGGGGCAUGGCAAGUUAGGUAGGGGAAGGUGGGGUACAGCAAGCUUGGCGGGUGACUCGUUUUUCUAUAAAUUAAAACAGUAAAAAAUAAAAAAUCCUUUUAAUAAUAGUUCAUAUAUAUGUCUAGAUUUUCCCCCUUAUAAUAUUUAAUCCAAAAAGGUAUUUUAAAAAUUAUGCUGCAAGUGGAAAAAAGUUAGGAAAUCGUAGGUUUUUUUUCAUUUUUUAAUAAGCGAGUACAUUGCGAAAAAGUGUGUUUAAUGAGAUUUAAAUAAUCCUAAUACAUAUUUUAAAUCUUAUUCUACAACCCUGUAUUUUUAUUUUUGUUUAAAGCCGCCUUAAAUAUGAAAACAUAAUAAUUAAAAAAAAAUUAUAAAUGUGGGGCACGGAGGGCACCAUAGCGGGGCACGCAGGGCACACGGAAGCACUGCGCAGCUCCGAUCUGGGGAAUCAGCUGACUGAUUCCUAACCUCUAUACUCAAUCGGAGUUCGGCGAACUGAGUAUGUAGCAGCUCGAUGCUUGUAGUUUUUUUAGUUAAUUGCUUGUAGUUAUAAGAUUUUUAGUGUAGUGAUGCUGCGGCAUUACGUCAAGAAAACUAAUAAGGAGUCGUGGAAUGAUGGGCAGAUGCAUUUAGCUAUUAGUGCAGUUCUCGGCGGUUCAACAUGCAAAGCUGCUGCUCAAAAGUUUGGCAUUCCAAGAACCACUUUACAAGAAAGUUAUAAGUGCUCGUAAUAAUGACAACAUUAUCCAAUACGAGAGAUCUCACAGUGGCUUCAAGUGCAUUUUUUCAGACGAGCAAGAAGAAGCUCUCGUUAGAAAGAUCAAUCUCAUGGAGAAUUGUCUCAUGCCUCUUACUGCAGCUGAUUCUCUGAUGGAUAAAUUCAACUUCAGAGCUUAAAAUAUUUACAAUGUUGAUGAGACUGGCAUAUCCAUAGUACCUAAAUCAUGCUCUAGACUAGUGACACGUACAGGACGCAAACAAGUUGGAGGCAAAACUGCUGCUGAAAGAGGUGAAACCGUCACUGCAGAAAUUUACAUGUCAGCCGCAGGAGCUUUCAUGCCACCUAUGCUGAUUUUUCCUAGAGUGAAAGAAAAUAAAGAACUACUUGAAGGAGCGCCAGCUGGAGCAUGGUCUGAAUUUCACAAAAGUGGAUGGAUACAAGUUGACAUUUUUACAAGAUGGUUUAGAAGAUUCAUUAAUUAUUCCCAUGCUUCAAAAGACAACCCAAUACUUCUGUUAUUAGAUGGGCAUAUCAGUCAUGUAAAGAACCUAGAAGUAAUUGAGUUGGCGAUGGAGCAUGGCGUUGAAAUCAUCUGUUUUCCACCUCACUGCACGCAUAGAAUGCAACCACUUGAUGUCGGCUUCAUGAAACCUCUAAGUCAUUAUUAUACAGAAGAAGUAAAUGUAUUUCAACGAACAGGUGAACGAGUCACUUUAAAAAAUGUGUUUCUGUUGUUUGGAAAGGCAUUCAUGAAAGCUGGAAAAAUAGAUACAGCUGUCAACGCAUUUAAAAAGUGUGGAAUUUUUCCACUCAAUCCAAAAAUAUUUUCUAAAUCAGAUUUUGCGUGCUCCAAUACUGAUGCAUCAACUUUAAAUCAAUCUACUCCAAAGACUCCACAAUUUGAAGCCGAAGUGAGAAACUACAGUGAAAUGUGAGUCCGAUCCAACCAAAACCAAAAAAUAAGACUGAAAUGUCAGUUACUGACUCAUCAAAUCAACCAUUCCUCAAUGUGAUAUCUACGGCUGAGCCUGAAAUAAGGAUUCCAUUAUCAUACAUAGUUAACGCUAAGCCAUUGAUAAAUUUAUUUAAUACUUGCUUAGCAUCAGUUCCAACGUCUCCAUCACUUCAGGAUAGUGUUAUACCACUAGGGGCAUGUUCGACAGUAGCAUCCACUGCAUCGUCAACUACUUUCCAGACAUUGGACACCAAUGAUUCGAUUGGUACAAUGUUUACUACAACAAUGCAACAAUACACUGGUCCACCACGCCUAUCUUCCUAUAAACAAUACUAAUUGCAGCGUCAGUGAGAAUUUAAGUGCAAAUUUUGCGAACAAUGAAAUUAAAGUAAUUCAAUUAAGUGAAAUUGAUGCAGUUCAAUUAGAAAACUGUGAGUUUGUUUAUAUUUAAUAUUAAUUAUUGAUCUCGUUAUUCAAAUAAAAUGUAUUACUAGGUUAAAAACUAUUAAAAUCAAAAGCAAAAUGUGAUAAAAGUUACCUAGUCGACUAGUAAUUAUAAUUAUUGUUUGUAAAAUCUUCGAGCAAUAAAAUGAGUUUAUAAAAUUUCUGUUGGUUAAUUUGGUCUUGACCUGUGUGCCUCAUCCCCGUGCCAUGCGUGCCCCAUGGUGGGGCAUAUAUAGCUUUUUGGAAACAAUUUCUAUUUUGUAAAUUGCAAAAAAAAUACUCCACCAAUUCAAGUUUUGUAAAUUGCAUUUAUUUUAAUACUC